AUGUGCCCAAUCUGGAGGCUCCUAGUUCUCCUCAGCUUGCUGUCUUUGCCCUCAGCACUGCACAAGCAGGGCCUGGCCAAAGCCCAUGUGGACAGCAAACCAGCUCUGGCAAGAAUUAUUGCCCAGGGCCUCAUGAAGCACAACGCAGAGCACCGAAUCCAGAACAUCCGCCUCCGCCUCAUGGAAAGUCUGAAUGCCUCAGGGCAGAUGGCCCCAGGGAUGGUGGGCUGGCUAAUCAGCAGCAUGAGCCUCCAGCAACAGCGAGAAAGCAGCGCCAACGUCACCAACAUUCAGCUGGACUAUGGUGGGAUCCGGAUGUCUUUCCACAAGGAGUGGUUCUCGGCCAACAUCUCACUUGAAUUUGACAUUGACUUGAGACUGUCCUUCAAUAACAAGAUCAUAAAGAUACACGUAUGCAUGAACCUCAUUAUGGAGUUCUGUCUGGAGAAAGACGAAUUUGGCCGGAGGGAUCUGGUGAUAGGCAGUUGCGGUGUGGAGCAAAGCAGCAUCUACACAACAGUUCUAACUGAAGAUAUCUCACCAAAGAUGAAACAUUUUCUCCGCCACUUCAGGGAGAACCUGGUAAAAGUGACCCCGCACCUGGUAGAAAGUCAGGUGUGUCCUCUGAUCAGCGAAAUCCUCAGACAGUUGGACGUGAAACUGUUAAAAAGCCUCAUGGAACAGGCUGUUGCUCAUAAAUUCAACCAACUGUGA